AUGCAUAUUCAAUACUCUUACCGCAAAAAGAAUGGGUCCGCCAAUGGGCAGUCACGCCCUCGCGCCCGCUCCUUCCUCUUAGUGCUCUCGCCAGUUUGCCGCUGUGCACGCCCCCAUGCGAUCGGUAUCCUGCUGUCAACCGGCCAUCCGAACCCCCAUCAUCAUCGCCGGUCUUUCACAAGUUUUCCUACCGCCGGAACUACUCAGCAUAGCACCCCGACUCGUCCUCAAGCUCAACCCAUCGGUCUUGCACAAGAUUCCCGCCCUCCCCAAUCCAGCUUGUUUGCUGCCUUUAUCGAAUCCCAUUCACCUUCCCGACGUCUUGUCCUCGCCACAUUGUCACACUAA